GCACGGGGGCGCUCUCCGCUCUGAGGCUCCGGGGCUGGAGGAUGGCGGAGGCAGGGGGCCCGCAGUCCGCCGCUGCCCGAGCCGUGGACGAGUCCUCGGACAGUGAACCGGAGCAGGAGCCCGGAUCCCCGCAGAAACUCAUCCGCAAAGUGUCCACCUCCGGCCAGAUCCGCAGCAAGACGGUUCUGAAGGAGGGGACGCUCCUCAAACAGACCAACUCGUUCCAGCGCUGGAAGAGAAGAUACUUCAAACUGAGAGGACGCACCCUGUACUACGCCCAGACGGCCAAGUCGAUCAUUUUUGACGAGGUGGAUUUGACCGACGCCAGUGUCGCCGAGUCCAGCACCAAGAACAUCAACAGCAGCUUCACCGUGAUCACUCCGUGCAGGCGUCUGAUUCUUUGCGCCGACAGCAGGAAGGAGAUGGAGGAGUGGAUCACAGCUCUGCGCAGCGUCCAGAACCGAGACAACUACGAGGCGUCUCAGCUGAGCGUAGAUCUCUUCAGUGGGAUGCAUAACUGGUUCGCUUGUUCUCACGCUCGUCCGACCUACUGCAACGUCUGUAGAGAAGCUCUGUCCGGAGUCACGUCCCACGGCCUCUCCUGCGAAGUGUGUAAGUUUAAAGCUCACAAACGCUGCGCCGUCAGAGCCACAAACAACUGCAAAUGGACGACUCUGGCAUCAGUGGGAAAAGACAUAAUCGAAGACGAGGACGGGGUGUGGAUGCCUCACCAGUGGUUGGAGGGGAACCUUCCUGUCUCGGCCAAAUGCAGCGUCUGUGACAAAACGUGUGGAAGUGUCCUGAGACUGCAGGACCUCAGGUGUCUGUGGUGUAAAGCCAUGGUGCACUGGAGUUGUAGGGAGCAGUUGUCUGUGAAGUGUCCUCUGGGUCAGUGUAAAGUUUCUGUGAUUCCGCCCACGGCUCUGAACAGCAUCGACUCAGACGGGUUCUGGAAGGCGUCGUGUCCUCCCUCCUGCACGUCUCCGCUCCUCGUCUUCGUCAACUCCAAAAGUGGAGACAAUCAGGGAGUCAAGUUUCUCCGACGAUUCAAACAACUCCUCAACCCGGCACAAGUGUUCGACCUGAUGAACGGAGGACCUCACCUCGGGCUGCGUCUGUUCCAGAGGUUCGACACCUUCAGGAUCCUGGUGUGUGGAGGAGACGGGAGCGUGGGCUGGGUCCUGUCCGAGAUCGACGCCCUCAUGCUCCACAAGCAGUGUCAGCUGGGCGUGCUUCCUCUGGGGACGGGGAAUGACCUGGCUCGGGUUCUGGGUUGGGGCGCCGCCUGUGACGACGACGCUCAGCUGCCUCAGAUCCUGGAGAAACUGGAACGAGCCUCCACCAAGAUGCUCGACAGGUGGAGUAUUAUGGUGUAUGAGACUAAGUUGCCGCGGCAACACUCCACGUCGACGGUGACAGAGGAGUGCAGCGAUGACUCAGAGGUCCCUCAGAUCCUGACUUACGAGGACUCGGUGGCGGCUCAUCUGUCUAAGAUCCUGACCUCGGACCAGCACUCUGUGGUCAUCUCCUCUGCAAAGGUUCUGUGUGAGACGGUGAAGGACUUCGUGGCUCGAGUUGGAAAAGCGUAUGAGAAAAACACCGAGAGCUCAGAGGAGUCUGAGGCUAUGGCCAAAAAGUGCUCGGUGUUGAAGGAGAAGCUGGACUCUCUUCUGAAGACUCUGAGUGAAGAGUCUCAGGCGUCGGUCGUCCCUCAGGCCCCGCCCCCCGCCGCCAUCGCCAAGGAGGUGGGCGGGGUCAUCGCGGAGGAGCAGGAAGUGGGCGGCGUCCUGCUGGUGACCGCGCCCCCUCCCAACCCCGCCCCCUGCUCGCCCCCCCGCCCCAGCGCCUCGGCCAUCUUCAAACCCCGAGAACAACUGAUGCUCCGAGCAAACAGCCUGAAGAAAGCCCUGAGACAGAUCAUCGAGCAGACCGAGAGAGCGGUGGACGAGCAGAAUGCGCAGACGCAGCACGGAUUCUGUCCUGACCCGGCAGAACCCAACCAGGACUCACACCGGGACCCACAGCCUCCACUCAGUCCGGUUAUAGACCAGGACUCGGGGCACCCCCUGAGUCCAGGUCUGGACCAGGACUCAGAUCACCCCCUGAGUCUGGGUCUGGACCAGGACUCGGUUCUGAAGGAGGAAGAGGAGGAUCAGCUCUCCCUGCAGUCUCAGUACAGCUGCAAGACCCGAUCACACCGCAGAGUGAGUAAAACUCCAUGUGAGAAGCUCAUCUCUAAAGGAGGCGUGUCUCUGGGCAGCUCCGCAUCACUUCCUGUCCACACAGGAAGUAGAGAGUUCAUCCCCCUCGGCUCCAAGAUCCUGUAUCCAGGUCUCAGGGCGGGGUUGUGUGGGUCUCUGUCCUCAGGGUCUGUGAUCAGUCGUCUGUUUGUGAACACGGAGCCGUUCAGCUGUGACCCGGACAACCUAGAUUGUUUCACGGAGAAAUGUGUCAUGAACAAUUAUUUUGGCAUCGGACUCGACGCAAAGAUCUCCCUGGACUUUAACAACAAGAGAGACGAGCACCCCGAGAAGUGCAGGAGCCGCACCAAGAACAUGAUGUGGUACGGAGUGUUAGGAACCAAAGAACUGCUCCACAGAACCUACAAGAAUCUGGAGCAGAAGGUCCUGCUGGAGUGUGACGGGCGGCCCAUCCCGCUCCCGUCGCUCCAGGGCAUCGCCGUCCUGAACAUCCAGAGCUACGCCGGAGGAACCAACUUCUGGGGAGGAACCAAAGAAGACGAGACCUUCACGGCUCCGUCGUUUGAUGAUAAAGUUCUGGAGGUGGUUGCAGUUUUUGGGACGAUGCACGUGGCCGUGUCCAGAGUCAUCAACCUGCAGCACCACCGCAUCGCCCAGUGUCGUACGGUGAAGAUCACCAUCCUGGGGGAGGAGGGGGUCCCGGUGCAGGUGGACGGUGAGGCCUGGGUCCAACCGCCGGGAUUCAUCAGGAUCCUCCACAAGAACCGAACCCAGACCCUGACCAGAGACCGGGCGUUCGAGAGCACGCUGAAGUCGUGGGAGGACAAACAGAGGUCGGACUUCCCUCGACCUCAGACUCAGACCGAGGUUCUGUCUGAAGAAGAAGCGACGCUCAUCAGCGAGUUCGGACAAACGGCAGGAGCGCUCAUCCACAGUAUCCGGGAGGUGGCGCAGCUGCACAGUCGUCUGGAGCAGGAGCUCGCUCACGCCGUCAACGCCUCGUCUAAAGCCAUGGACGUGGUCUACAAGGACAGAACCAACCCCGGGACUCUCAGACGUUCUGUGGUGGUACAGAUGGUCUCCAACGUCAAAGCUCUGCUCAGUGAAACAGAACUACUGCUGUCAGGAAACAUGUCCCUGCAGUUGGAACGCUCUCAUCAGGAGCAGUUGUCGUCUGCGUUGGCGUCGCUUUCGUCUCAGAUUCGGCGUCUGUCAGACGUGUCCUGGCUCCUCCCCCUCAUCGAGCCCACGGACGCCGAGGGCGCUCUGUCGGACUUCUCCAAAAGGGGGCGCUCGGCCAAGUUUCGCCUCGUCCCCAAAUUUAAGAAGGAAAAGAACAACAAGAACAAAGAGACCAGCGCCUGCCUCGCCCUGCCAGUGCACCUGUGGGGGACGGAGGAGGUGGGGGCGUGGCUCUGUGUGUCUGUGUCUCACCUGGUGACAUCACUUCCUGUUGCAGUGCACCUGUGGGGGACGGAGGAGGUGGGGGCGUGGCUGGAGGCUCUGGCUCUGUCUGAGUACAGGGAGAUCUUCAGUGGACACGACGUGAGAGGAGCCGAGCUGCUGUCGCUGGAGAGGAGGGACCUGAAGGAUCUGGGAGUGACUAAAGUGGGGCACAUGAAGAGGAUCCUCCAGGGCAUCAGAGAGCUGCACCGGAGCAGCAGCGCCAGCGAAGCCUGAGUGUGUGGUGGUUGCCGUCGUUCUUUUGCUGCUAUCGAGCUCCGGCUCCUGACCCCGGCGUGACCCUUUGACCUCACAGAUGACCCCUGACCCCCGGGGCUCUCCGCUCGGACCCACCAGUGCCUUCUGAACCGGACCAAACACCGAACAGAACCGCGCGGUCUCACGGGGUCCAGGCUCGGUCCAGAGAAACAACACACCAACCAAACACCGUCGAAGUGUCACAGUCCAUCGAAAACAGGUCCAGUUUGUACGGAGGGUUUUUUUUUAGUUUCGUCUUCGUCGCGCUGGGAUCACGUCAGACACAAGACGCCGUUUACUCAAGCGACUUUUCCCAACUUUUGCUUCAUCACAGUUCACCCAAAGUUUGUCUCGACGCCCGACGAGAAUCCACGACCAGUUCACCUUGAAAAAAAGUCCGUCUAUGAGGUCACCGAAAAAAGAAGAGGAGAGGAAAAGGAGCGAAGGCGAACGAAAGUCUGACGUAAACUGUUUGAUAUUUAUCGAUGUUUUCUCCCAGCUCCAGCUCAAAAACUCUACGAACAAAUCUCAGGGUUUAAAAAGUUCACGAUUCUGAACGACUUCAACAGAGAGAAACCCUCACGAGACGACUGGAUUUCAAAAAACGGGCGACACGGUGUGAUUUUUGGCAAUUUUUGAGCUGAUUUUUCCAUCGUGCGACUGUCUAUGGAUUGAGUUUAAACAUGAGGUAACGAGAACCGAUCAAUCCCUCAGGACCAGCUCCUGAAUCAUAGGUCGCAGGAAAAUCAAACCUGUAUUACCGAACGUAAACCGUGUGAUAUUUUCGAUGGUUUCACUCGGCUCCAGCUCAAACUCUACGACCAAAUCUCAGGGUUUAAAAGUUCACAGCUCACGAUUCAUGUUCAACAGAGAGAAACCCUCACGAGAGGCGACUGGAUUCAGACAGGUUUGAUUUUUCUGCGACCGAUGAUUGUCAGUCAGGAUCUGGUCGUGAGGGAUUCAUCGAUUCUCGUUACCCCAGGUUUAAACUCGAUCCAAAAACAGUCGCACGAUGGAAAAAUCAGCUCAAAAAUGGCCAAAAAUCACACAGUGUUGCCCGGUUUUUGAAAUCCAGUCGUCUCGUGAGGGUUUCUCUCUGUCGAAGUCGUUCACAAUUGUGAACUUUUUAAACCCUGAGAUUUGUUCGUAGAAUUUGGGCUGGAGCUGAGAGAAAACAUCGAAAAUAUCGCACAGUUUACGUCCGGCUUUAGUUCGCCUUCGCUCCUUUUCCUCUUCUCUUCUUCUGUUGGCAACCUCAUCAACGGACUUUCUUUUGCGGUGAACUGGUCGUGGAUUCUCGUCGACCGUCAAGACAGGUUUGAUUUUCCUGCGACCCACGGUUCAGGAGCUGGUCCUGAGAGAUUCAUCGUUUCUCAUUACUCCAUGUUUACGACACGAAGCACGACAAACAAUUAAGACAAAACUCGAUUCUAAAAAACAGUCGCACGAGGGAAAAAUCAUCUCUAAAAGGACCAAAAAUCGCACAGUGUCGCCCGACUUUAGGUGAUUCUCGGAGAUUCCUUCCAGCGAUGGCGCGACUUGAGCAGAUAAAGGGUCUAGACCAGGGCUGGGCAAACUUUCUGACUCGUGGGCCACAAAGGUUCUAAAAUGUGACCGAAGAGCCGGACCAGGAGCAGAUGGACGGAGUUUUUUGGUGAUCCACCUCGUAAGAGAAAAAAAUAACCUGGGAAAUGUAGAAAACAGCUCCAGUCAUCUUUACAGACAGGUAAAAAAAUGGCAUAAAACGCCGCACCUCAACGAAGUCGACUGGAUCUAAAGUGCACCAUCUGUUGGUAAACUCCGGAAUUGCAGGGAAAAUAAAACUUUAACGAGGUUUAUGAUUAUCAUUACUGUUAUUAUUAUUAUUAUUAUUUAUUAAAGUUCGACGGUCCGUAGUUCGUCCACCCCGGUCUAGAAUGACGCGUCGGUCGCUGAAAUCACUUCUGGACAGGAAACUUCAACAGCGAUUCGUUCGGCGAUUUGUUCAACAUUUCGUUCAACAAUUUGUUUAUCGAUUCGUUCAUCGAUUCGUUCAGUGAUGUGUUCAACAUUGCAUUCAGAGAUUCGUUCAGCCAUUUGUCCAGCGAUUCGUUCAUCAAUGCAUUCGGCGAUGCGUUCAACAUUUCGUUCAACAUUUCGUUCAGCGAUUCAUUCAACAUUUCGUUCAUUGAUUUGUUCAACAUUUCGUUCAACAAUUUAUCGAUUCGUUCAGCAAGUUAUUCAACAUUUCGUUCAGCGAUUCGUUCAACAUUUCGUUCAGCGAUUCGUUCACGUGCAGCGUCUGUAAUCGUGAUUUCAGCGUAAGGAGGAUGAGGAAGAAUUUCUACUGAGGAUCUGAGGAGCAGAAAAAAGGACAAACAGUCGCCGUGUUUCUGUUUCCUUCUAAAAUCCUCCGUACAAACUUUAAAGAUUCGUCAAACAUGAAUCAGUCCAAACACAAGUCCAGAGGAUCAGAGAGAAGAAACGACGAGGACAUGGGUCAAAGGUCAAUUAUCAGUCAGGGAUCAGCUCGAAUCCACGUGGCACCAAAACCACACGGGACAAAAAAAACAACUUUACUUUCACUUUCAACUGUUGUCAACCAGCACUGAAACUGUCGGAUUCCUGAAACUCAAACGGACUGAACACGGGGAGGGCAUCUGACACACCUCCUGUUUUUAUAAUCUCUGGUUUCGUUCCUGGAUUCUCGUGAGACUGAAUUGUGGUUGGUGUUUUUUUUUUUUGAUUGACGGCAGCUCGGCCCAAUCGCAGCCAUUCCCCGUGACCACACCCCUUUAAACUGGACCACUGUGACCAAUCAGAGACGAGGCGUUUAUCUGUGGACGUUUUUCUAUUAAACUCGUAUUUAUUGUGGUUUCUCACAGACUGUGGACUUUAAACGAGAGGACACGAGCGAGCGAGUCUGCCCCCUGCAGGACCACGCCGCGACUGCCCCCCGCAUAUCGUCUACGGAACCAAACCUGCUGAAGCGGCGUUUUGAAAACACUGAAGAGGAAGUAUUUACCUUUGUGGGUUUUACAGAGGGGUAUUUACCUCUGCUCCUCGUUUGGAUUUACCCCACAGAAGUAAAUCCUCCUCUUUAAGGCGCUUUUAGACUCAGAGGACUCUGUUGGACUCGGAGGACUUGUGAGGACUCGUUUAGACUCCAGAGCCGCUCGGACACGUCUCUGUACAGACUCAUGUGACUCAGAUCCUCGGGGCCUUUAAUCCUGGACUCCAGUGCAGUGUCUCCUGUGACCUGUAGGGGGCAGACUCCGCUGGGACUCGUCUGUCCUGACCUGUAGGGGGCAGUAUUUGUUCUUGUAUUAAAUGUAGUGAUGUCAUAAAUGUGUUUUUGUUUGACCUUUGACCCGAUUCUGCCUUAAACUGUCUCUGGGCCAAA